GAGCCGGCAACCCGUAUCGUGACGUUUGCCAGAGCCCUCGAAGAAGAAAGCCCAGGCAUCCUCAGAGGAAUCAAGCUUCUGAGCAAGGUGGAUUUGGGUCAUGCAGAGGAGAGGCUGCACAAUCUUAUAAGGAGAUGGGGGUUGACAAUCCCAGUCUAUCCGUACACGAUGUGCUCGAAGACGAUGAUUGCUGAAAAGAUCUUGCUGCAGCAACCCAUGGUCUUGAUUUCCACGUGGUUCAACUAUCUGUUGACGGCCCACCCUCAGCUGUUACUGGGCGGGUACCCCCGCAAGCACGAGCACACUGACAUGAUGCUAACUUCGUUUUGGGAUGCAUACAGGCACGAGCAUCCGGAUCACGAGGUCUUUGUGGCACAUGCGGGCCAUUUGGACAAGUGUAUACCAUACACCAUAUUUCACGACGAGGGGCGCGGACUAAAGAAGUCACCUGUGCAAAUUGUUGCCAUGGAGGCUGUUUUUGGCAAGUGCAGCUACGACGACUUGAAAAAGGAGCUGAAGGCUGGGAAACCACUGAGUGGUGAUCUGUGCCUCAAGACAUUGGCCCAUACUGGAAAGGGCCCCACCCUUUUCAGUCGAUUCCUGCUGUAUGCCUUACCUCAUCAUUUGUAUCGUGGGAAGAAGAGAAAAUCAUUCUGGAACCGGUGCUUCGACUGCAUUCCUCCGGAUUGUCGCAAAAUAUUCAACAAUGGAUGCAUGUGUGAGGGCGACAUGUAUUAUGGCAUCUGUGUUGGACUGAAAGGGGAUGCCCCCGCACAAGCAAAAGCUGACCCAGCUAUUCCGUGGGAAGACGUAUCCCUGACUCCAGCCUGGGCUGUCACAGUCGGAUGCAAACGUCCGUGGAACGAAAGAGCUCCGCCGUCAACAGUGGAGAUCCCAUACACAUCAGCUGCUCCAGAGGAGUUGUUCCAUAUCGAUGCCUUUCACACCUUCAAACUAGGGAUUGGUCGCCAUUUUGGCGCAUCAACCUUGAUCGCUUCGGUACAGUUCGGUUAUUUCCCCUGCAGUACGAACAACCUCGAAGAUAUUCUUGCCGUCGCCUACGAGGAUUUCAGACUUGCCUGUGCUACAAUGCACCAGACACCCCAUGUCAAAAUGUUUUCAAAGGAAAUCUUGCACCUGCCGCGGAAUCUUUCCUUCCCCUACGGGGGGUGGAAGGGAGCUGACACGAUGAUGAUUUGUCGGUGGUUCAUCUUACUUUUGAGGGAUGGAUUGGACGUGAAUGGGGACCGUUCCAGGCCGCUGUUGGGCAAUCCGCUUGAAGCCUCCCAUGCGCCGUUGCUGUGGCCAGGCAUGCACCCGCCGAUUGUACAGGCGAUGUAUGAUGCGGCACGCGCACCUUUGAUUUUCUUUCAACUGAUCCAUCGAGGAGGGGUCUUCUGGAAUCGUGAUGAUGCCAAGAAAGCUAAAGCUGCAUGUGACGUAUUCUGUUCUGCGUAUAGCUUUCUGGCUGCGGAAUUUGUGAAGCUUCAGUUGCCCCGUUACCACGUUGAACCGGCCCUGCAUGCAUUUAAGCAUGCAUCAAUCAGAUUGAAGAAACAGCUCGACUCCGGAGCUAAGUUUAUCAUGACCCCUUCGGUUCACCUUUGUGAAGCAUCGGAGGACUUCAUAGGUGAA